AUGCUGACACUUAACAUUGAUUGGUUCCAGUCCUUUGAUGGGGUUACUUACUCUUGUGGCGCAAUCUACUUGUCUGUAAACAAUCUGCCCAGGGAGGAAAGAUACAAGAAGGGGAACAUCGUCCUUGUGAGACUUAUGUCAGGUCCAAGCGGAGCCAAAACAAGUCAGAUAAACCAUUAUCUUCGCCCUCUUGUAACCAAGCUAAACCAAUUGUAUUCUGGUGUCGCUAUUCCAACAAACGAGUGUCCUUCCGGUACCUUGGUCCAUGCCGCAAUUCUUCUCGUUGCUUGUGACAUCCCAGCUGCAAGGAAAACAUGUGGAUUUACAUCGCAUGCCAGUACUAACACAUGUCAUGUAUGCAACCACUGGUUUUCUCAUCAUUCAGAUGGCAGGGGUAUGGACCAUUCCGGUUUCAUAUUCUCCAAUUGGAUUUUCAACACUGAUGAAGAGAACAAAAGAAAUGCAGAGAGAUGGAGACAAGCUGGUAGCAAUGCUGAAAGAGCAAGAUUAGAGAAAGAGAAUGGUGUCUGCUGGUCAGAGCUCCAUCGGCUUCAAUAUUUCAAUGCAGUUGAGUGUACCAUUAUAGAUCCGAUGCAUAACCUCUUUCUUGGCACGGCAAAA